AGACAGGCUGUCUCUGUCCCCAGCCACUUGCUUGACUGCUGUCUUCACAGCCAUGUCCCCAGGGUGGCUGGCUCUCGCCCUCCUGAGUGUGCUAGAUGCGUGGACCCAGGCCUUCAAUGCCCGGCUGGUCAAGUGUUUCGAGGACCCCCAGUAUGAGGAGCUACUGCAGCUGGCUCGGAGUGGGCUGUGGCGCACAGCCAACAGCAAAGAGGUGGUGGUCAUCGGGGCAGGCAUGGCUGGGCUCACUGUGGCCAAGACCCUGCAGGACGCUGGCCACCAGGUGACUGUGCUGGAGGCCACAGGGCGUGUGGGUGGCAGGAUAGAGACGCACCGGGUUCCUGGAGCGGAUUGGUACAUAGAGCUGGGCGCCAUGAGGAUCCCUGUGAACCACAGGCUGACUCAGGAGUUCAUCCAGAAGUCCAAGCUGAUCCUCACAGACUUCUGCUCCUGCAACAACCAGACGUGGGUGCUGGUGAACAGGGUGCGGCAGCGCCUGGGGGCUGUGCAGGCCAACCCUGACCUGCUGGGCUACAAGGUCAGACCCCACGAGGCAGGGAAGACGGCGGAGCAGCUCUUCGAGGAGUCCCUGAGGAAGGUUGAGGAAGAGCUGAAGAGCAGCAGCUGCAGCCAGGUGCUAGAGAAAUACGACUCCUUCUCCACCAAGGAGUACCUGAUCAAGGUGGGGAACCUGAGCCGCGGCGCAGUGCAGAUGAUAGGGGACCUGCUCAACGCUGACUCCGGCUACUACGAGGCCUUCACGGAGACGCUACGAGGCUUCAUCAUCUUCUUCCAUGAGCCCCGGUUCCAUGAGAUCAUCGGGGGCUUUGACCAGCUGCCCCAGGCCCUGCACGACGCCCUGCGGCCGGGCACCGUGCGGCUGCACUCCCCGGCAGAGGAGGUGGAGACCUCUGGGGACCGCGUCCACGUCACCUACCGCACGCCCGACCCUCUGCGCCCCAGGGCGCGCCUGACCGCAGACUUCGUGGUGGUGGCCACCACCGCCAAGGCCGCCCGGCUACUCCGAUUCCGGCCGCCCCUGUCCCUCAGCAAAGAGGACGCGCUGCGCCUGGUCCACUACAACAGCGCCACCAAGGUGAUCCUGGCCUGCAGCCAGCGCUUCUGGGAGCGCGACGGCAUCUACAGUGGCAGGUCCGUCACCGACCGGCCCUCCCGCUUCAUCUACUACCCCAGGCACGUCUUCCCCAAUGGCACGGGCGUCAUCCUGGCCUCCUACACCCUGGACGACGACGCCACGUUCUUCUCGGCCAUGGACCCCGCGCGGGUGGUGGACAUCGUGCUGGAGGACCUGGCCGCUGUGCACAACCGCCCCAAAGAGGAGCUCAGGGCCCUCUGCUCCUACUCCUCCGUCAAAAACUGGGGCCGCGACCCCUACUCCAUGGGCGGCUUCACCUUCUUCACCCCCUACCAGUAUGUGGACUAUGCCAAGGAGCUCAGCCGGCCGGAAGGGCGGGUCCACUUCGCGGGCGAGCACACGGCCCUGCCCCACGGCUGGAUCGACACAGCCAUCAAGUCUGGGCUUAGGGCGGCCCGGAACAUCCAGGCGGCUGCGGAUCUGGAAGGGCAAGGGGGCACCGAAUGGCCCCCCUCCAAAAGCGAGCUGUAGCCAGUGUACGAGCACCAGUGAGUCCGGUCGCCUGGAUUCACCAGAAAAGCCCAGAACUUCCUAUCUCGCCUCAUCCUGUCCUCCGCCCAAAGGUGCCAGACGAGGGAACUAAGGCCAGGGAUGGAGUCCCUGGGACAUUAACUACCCAGCACCACAGCACCUCAACAACAAGAAUGUGUAAGGUAGUCAUUAAACCAGUAAAGCGUUUGUUGAAGCUAA